CUCAUUCAAACAUAGACAUGAGCAAGUUUACGUUUCCAAAGAAAAGGGAAACAGAGAUUUAGUAUUAUUGUGUAGUUAAAGUUUUAAAAUACGAACAUUGACCACGAUUGGAUAAUUUAAACCGCCACUUUUUAGUAACGACUAGAAGGAUAGUCCAGGUUGCAGAUAAAUCACAUUUCUGCCCCUCUGUUUAAAAAAAAUUCUAUUCGGCGCACGGACACCAUAGUGACAGCCGAGUUGCUAGGGAUUGCAGUGUCCGGCUUGAAAUCUAAACCAACGCGGAGUGAUACUUACUUUGAAGCGGCAAAGAGCGCAAGGCGCGGAUGACUGUGUGGAAAAUUUGAUUAUCAUAUCUCCAACGCGAAAUUGUUAGCAAUAUCAAAUCAACAUAGCAACAUGGCAGAUCAACUGACAGAGGAACAAAUCGCUGAGUUCAAAGAGGCGUUCUCGCUGUUUGAUAAGGAUGGAGAUGGCACCAUCACCACCAAAGAGCUGGGCACCGUGAUGCGCUCACUGGGACAGAACCCCACAGAGGCAGAGCUGCAGGACAUGAUCAAUGAGGUGGAUGCUGAUGGAAAUGGAACCAUUGACUUCCCCGAGUUCCUGACCAUGAUGGCGAGGAAGAUGAAGGACACCGACAGUGAGGAGGAGAUCAGAGAAGCCUUCAGAGUCUUUGACAAGGAUGGUAACGGCUAUAUCAGUGCUGCAGAGCUGCGUCAUGUUAUGACAAACCUUGGUGAGAAACUGACAGACGAGGAGGUGGACGAGAUGAUCCGGGAGGCUGAUAUCGAUGGAGAUGGACAGGUCAACUACGAAGAAUUUGUGCAAAUGAUGACUGCAAAAUAAAAUGUGAAACCCAAAGGACCCCUUCACCAAACAAGACCAAACAGUGGGCAGCACUCUCAACACUCAACAAGCAUUCACAACCAUCCUCUUACUUUGUUUUUUUGCUUUGCUUUUGGUUGUUUUUCCCCCCCCCUGUCCAUUUUUCUUGAUUCAGGCUCACCUGUGUAAGCUGUUUUCUUUGAUUUAUUUAUCUUACACUGCUUUUUAAAUGUUAUGGUUUUCCCCCAUAUUUUUUUGUUGCAUAUACAGGUAAAUCUACAUAUACUAAUGGUGUCUGAACAAGUGAACAGGAUUUUUAAGCUAAAAUGUAUAUGGAAAGAGAAGUGCAUGCUUUAUUUCUUUGUCACCGUUUUUGUGCUUCUCUGCUUGCAUCCCUUUUAUUAUAUGGCCCAUUCUCCUGCAACUUAAGGUUGUAGAUAUUUAUCUUUUAGAAAUGUGCGCAGAGUAACCAGGAUGGGAGUUGACAGGAUUUUAACAAAACAAACCCUAAUGUAUUUCCAUGCGCAUGUUUGGUGUAUGUGUGUUUAACAAUAUUAUGUUUCUUUAAAAUUGUGACAUUAAGUAAAUGUAUAUUUUAACAUAUGACCUGACUUAAAUGCAUGCUUACAAACUCAUGAUUAGUUGGCUGCAAAGAUGACUGUUUGGGUGUAGUAAACAUAGUUGUACAAAGACCCCAAUGUGCUGUAUGUGUUUUGUCCAGACAUUAUAAAAUUGAUUCAACUUUUCUUUAACAUGUUUCUUUUACUACAGCAGGCUUUUCUGUUUAGCACCACCAGUCUUGUUUGACAUGACAAACUAUGCCGUUUUUAACAAUCAACUAAUUUGAUAUGUACUUUUUACUUAUGGGUAAAGAUUUAAGGCAUAACUGUUUCGACAAGUACGGAGUGGGUCAAAAGUGACCAUGGACUUGAACCCUGCUCUCAACGUCAUGUACUAUUAGGAUAUUCAUUCCCCAAGCAAAUGCCACUGAUUAUUGUGGGUUUUAAAGGAACCCCUGUACAAAAAAAGACAUUUCCCCCACCUGUCCUGUUUUUCAAUGUCGCUUGUGGAAGGGUGAAUCCAAGUUUUUUGAGAGUCUGCUGGUUGUGGUUUUGUACCGAACUUGUGUGUAUGUGAUUGAAGUCACUGUCUUGUGUUGGAGCUGCACUAUGCGUCCGACCACAACAUAUUCAGCUCUACCACCUUUCAUGUUUGCAUCCAUUUUCAGUUUCCCCCUCCCAUACUUUUUUACUGUCAUGAAUGUUAUUUUCUUUCUGUUCAUGAUCUUUUUGUUUCAUUUUUGAAUGCUUUGCCAGUUUAGCUGUCAUGUUCUCUUUCCCCUGCCCUUUAAAGUUGUAAGUUGUUUUGGGAGAAUGAGAUUAUGCAUUCCAUUGCUGAACUCAUGUCAGUUUUUCUUGCUAAUUAAACUCUUUGACCAGUGUUUCUAUACAAAGACUCCAGUCUUUCAUUAUCCUCAUUGUGCAAUGAAAGCAAGUAUUUGACAAUGCUAUCAAGAAUAUGAUCAGGCAGUAUUUUUACCUUUUGUUGCUGUAUUCUUUCAAGUUGUAACAAUGUUUGUUUAAUUACACAUUUGUAGAACUUAUUGUCCAUGGUUACUGUACAAUAAAGGGGACAACCCAACUGUCUUCCA